CGACGGGGGUAAAUCUUCCAAAGUUACCCGGCGUAACUGGAGGGAAAUCUUCCAAAGUUACCCGGCGUAACUGGAGGGAAAUGUCGAGUUGUGUGGAAUUUUUACCCACGAAUACCCCCCAGUGGGCUUCGUCUGUGCAUGUUCAGAGGCUCCGGGAUCUCUAACGACUGUCACCGGUGCACAGGGCUGUACCUACAGUAACAUAACACAGUCUGGACUAAUUGUUAUCGGAAGUCUGUUUCUUCUCAGUAAACGCUAGUCUUCGCUGACUUGCACUCUCGCCCGACUGAGUUGCUCGCAUUGGUGAUAGAGUUGCUAACGACUUUCAUUUCAAUUUUAUUUAUUUGUUGUAAUUGCAUUCCACACUCGUGCUGUGAUCUCUUAGACGCCACCCAUUAAUCCUACCCUAAACGAUUAGAUUUUGGCGCAAUCAAUAAUGUAAUUAUAACAUUUGCAGGUCUAGAGCGGCUCCGCGGCGUGCCUGGGCGGUGGGAGCCGCCGGAGGGCGCCACGGACAAGCUGUGCAUGGACGUCGGUAACGGAGCCUACAUCGAAGUCUCGCAUCCCUCGCCGCACGGAGAUCAGAUUGAUAACAAGAGCGGCGGGCUGCGCGUGGCGUGCGCGCCCGUAGCGGGCGGGCGCAGCGUGGCGGGGUCGGGCGAGGCGCGCGCCGCCUUCGCUGCGCACGCGCGUGCGCUGGCCUACGACUGCGAGCUCGACGCCGUGCUCGACAGCGUCGUCGGGAACAGGAAAGACUGCUUCAUCUCCAUCAGAGGUAUUUCGGACUACCGCGACGGCACUCGCGGCAAGGAGUGGCAACCGCAUGCGGCGCUGGCUGCCGCCGCUGUCAUGAAAGCCAUCGUAGCGGCCAUGGACCCACCAACCGACUAAUCGAAACCCUAAACGUUGCCUAUUAAUAACAAAAAACGUAACAGCAAGAUUAAACAAAAAAUAAGAGGCGUCUCUAAUGAUCAAAACGCAUAUUUCCACUUUCAAGUAAAAGGAAUAAGUUAUUUUUAAAGGCAGAAUGAGCGGAUAGUAAUCGACCUACUUAAAAAAACAAAUGGUAAUUUUGUACUACAAACUCAACAUGAAAACAUACUUGAAAAUGGAAACAUGUCCAAAAUCGAUUCGAGUUGAGUAUAAGUUUGAUAGAUAAAAAUAUCUCCACUUGUAGUGUUCGACUUAUGAUGUAUGACUAGUAAUAAACAGGUUUACUUGCCUUAGUAUUGGCUGUUAUGACGGUAAUAAUAAAUGUUUUAUAAGAAUUAUUUACAACGUGUAUUGUUAGUGAAAUUUAUAAACGAAACCUUUAGUGAGAUUACGUGUGUCGUAUAUAGCAAAAGCAUAAUUAAUUAUCUGUGCAUUUGUUCUAUUUAUCAUAAUAUUGCUUAUCGGUUUGCCUUAGUUUUAUUGCAUAACAGCACUUAUGCCAAAUAUGUGUCAAAUAACGCUCAAGCAAUGUCUUCCUGCUUGCAGGCCAAAAUAAAGGAAAAAUAAUUAAAUUCCAGAACUAUUUAUAAUUUGUCUAUGGUCUCAAUUGCAGUUACCAUAGUUGUGAAAAUUUAUUCAAAGCUUUAUUUGAAAAAUGGCACUCAAAAGCCAACUGCCAAUGCCACUUUUUAUUCUUUGUCAUUCCAUCACACGUAGCUUAGUAAAUGUAUGCAUGUUUCUAAACUUUAAGAAUUAAUCAAAUAGAUAAUCAAGAUAUUCAGCAACAGCUGUUGAGCUUUAGAAUGUACCUAGAAACACGUUAGACCUUUAUAAAUAUAUUAACCUAACACAUAACUUAUUUACACUCUACUGACACUGCCAUAAAUGGCCUAUUUAUAAUAAGGUAUAUAAGGUAAUUUAUAUAAUCAACAAUGUUGUUUAAUCUGUUGUGAAGUUAUAAACCAAAGGUAGACUUUUGGCUGUUUUUUGAACACCAGGUCUAGUCGCCUCAAAUGUGACAUUAAGAUAUUUAUUUACAAAUUAUUUAAUAUUUAUUAAGAAUCACUGAUGUUGUAUGUCACGUAGAUUUAUCACGAACCUUUUAAAUAUGUAGAAUAUAUUGGUCUUUCAAAAACCUAUCUGUAUGUAAUUCAUUAGUUUUACCCUUAAUUAUAUUUCAAAGGUACAAGAGCACAUUAAGCUACAUAUUUAUAAUUUAAUUUCAACUCUAUGCCACUUAUGAUAAGACUGGUCCAAUGUCCAGUGAGCUGGAUGUGCUCUUGAACAUAAACCACAUUUACUUGUGCCUCUUUUUAUUUUCUUGCCUUUGGCAUUUCAUGCUUUCUUCUAUUCUUGUUUUUUCGUAUUACUUUAUUUAGUGUACAGUGCUUCUAUUUUCUCAAUGUCUCUCGGCCAAAUUCGUGUUUCGGCUGUCGUCGGGUUUUAUUUAGUUGCCCUUUGCAUUUGGUACAGACCGAACGCUUUCAGAUGACUUGGAAGUAUAUAGAGUUGCUAUUACAUUUUUUAUUUCUUGCUAUGUCAGAUGAAUAAAUCUGCCGUCCACUAACUAAAACGCGGCUAAGUGACAAAUGGUCUAAU